CUUAUAAUGGCUUCUUGCCCAGAAUUCAGAUUCUUUUUUUCUCACUCUGCUCUGCGCGUUAAGGACACACACACUUUACACAUACACACACAAGGGAAGCAAAAGAAAAUAUGCAGCAGCACCUGAUGCAGAUGCAGCCCAUGAUGGCAGCCUACUAUCCAACGAACGUAACUACUGACCAUAUUCAACAGUAUUUGGACGAGAACAAAUCACUGAUUCUAAAGAUUGUUGAGAGCCAGAACUCAGGGAAACUCAGUGAAUGUGCAGAGAACCAGGCUAGGCUUCAGAGGAAUCUAAUGUACCUUGCUGCUAUUGCUGAUUCUCAACCUCAACCUUCUAGCAUGCAUUCCCAGUUUGGUUCUGGUGGGAUGAUGCAGCCAGGAACACAUAAUUACUUGCAGCAACAACAAGCCCAACAAAUGACAACACAGUCACUUAUGGCCGCACGAUCCUCCUCAAUGCUCUAUGGACAACAACAACAACAACAACAACAAUCACUAUCCCCAUAUCAACAAGGUUUGCAUAGCCAACUUGGUAUGAGCUCAGGCAGUGGAAGUACUGGACUUCACAUGAUGCAAAGUGAAGCAUCAGGUCACGGCGUAAGUGGAGGUUUUCCUGACUUUGGCCGUGGAAAUAAGCAAGAUAUUGGGGCGCUGUCUGCUGAAGGGCGCGGUGGAAGUUCAAGUGGACAUGGUGGAGAUGGUGGUGAGAAUCUUUAUUUGAAAUCUGCUGAUGAUGGUAACUAAGGGUACUAUGAUAGGAGGAACUUAAUUAAUUAGGAACAAGAUUUAGUUUGGAAGAAUUGUGCUCAAGUGAUGGACUUCUACCUUUUUCGAUCAAUAGUAUGUUUAAUGCACGAGAAACUGCAUUUUAUGGUUGUAUGUCUAAAUGUCAUGUACAUUUGUUAGGUUAUUUUGAUUUUAAUAAUUGCCUUUCUUGGUGACUUUUGAUGAA